AUGUUAGGUGACGUCGGCACAUACCCGUAUAAUCCGCGUUUGGACGACGGUAUCCCAGCAACAACGUUUUUGGAAAAGAAGCAAGGUGAAUCGUCAUCCAGUCAAUCUUCACGAGAUGAUGCACAGCAGAAUCGUAAAAAGGCCUCGGCAAUAAUGACUUAUUCCAACAAUCCUAGCACUUCAGAGGAUGAUUUUGGUGAAGCAAAUACGCAGGUAAACGAUGAAAAAUAA